CUAUGAUAGUGAGACGCUUGUUCCCCUCGAGGUCCUACCAUACCAAAAAGGUCUAUUAGAUAGUUGUUGGACAAAAAACAGUUACUUUUACCCUUAAUAUGUUCACAAGCAAGGAAAUGACGAAUUAUUUUGGCUUAAAUCAGUCAUCGGUAGUUAGCGGUGAUCCAAAACCACAGGAUUUAUGCCCGACGAUGUCUUUCUUCCAUAAUAUAGGCCAAUUGUUAUGGCAUCAAAAGCCUAUACGUGACCAGCCUCAAGCAGAUGUCCGCUGGGCUCUGCGGUCACGCACUGACGCUUCUUUAUCAGGUACUUCAAAAAGACCAGCCCUCCACGGUGUAGACAGCGGGGAAGCAUCAACCGUCCUCACAACUCUGUCAGCUCUCAAGUUCCCUCAGCCCACUACCCACCACCUUCAUCCUUACUUUCUAAUCUUCCUUCAUGUCACUCAAGUAACAGUCCCACAUCUUUAAUUUCUUCUAGAUCUGCACCUUUUGACAAAGAUAUGAGUCUACAGAACUAAAUCCUUGGUCUUCUUCAGCCACGUUCCAAAUUACACAUUGAAACCUUCAAUGUCU